GCAGUUCGUCCUGACAUCAUGGAGAACCAGUUGAUACUCCAUCGGGCGAUUAUAUAUAGUGGUGAGCGAGCACUUUGCUGACACGCCGAUCAGCAGGCUAUAAGCAAUAGCUCCAUCUUGUCAGUGAUCAGCAAUCGGUGAUGGCGUCGGAGAAGAGCAAGAUCCUGGUGGUCGGCGCCACGGGGUACCUGGGCCGGCACGUCGUCGCGGCGAGCGCGCGGCUGGGCCACCCGACCUUGGCGCUCGUCAGGGACACGGCGCCGUCCGACCCGGCCAAGGCGGCGCUGCUCAAGAGCUUCCAGGACGCCGGCGUGACACUCCUCAAGGGCGACCUCUACGACCAGGCCAGCCUGGUGAGCGCCGUCAAGGCCGCCGACGUGGUCAUCUCCACGCUCGGGUCGCUGCAGCUCGCCGACCAGACCAGGCUCAUCGACGCCAUCAAGGAGGCCGGCAACGUCAAGAGGUUCUUCCCGUCGGAGUUCGGGCUGGACGUGGACCACACGGGCAUCGUGGAGCCGGGCAAGUCCGUCCUGUCCGCCAAGGUGGCCAUCCGGCGCGCCGUCGAGGCCGCCGGCAUCCCGUACACGUACGUGGUGGCCGGCUUCUUCGCGGGCUACGCGCUGCCCGGCAUCGGGCAGGCCCUCGCCCAGGGGCCCCCCGCCGACAAGGCCGUCGUGCUCGGCGACGGCAACGCCAAGGCCGUGUACGUGGAGGAGGGCGACAUCGGGACGUACACGGUGCUCGCCGCCGACGACCCGCGCGCCGAGAACAAGACGCUGUACGUGCGGCCGCCGGCCAACACGCUGUCGCACAACGAGCUGCUGGCGCUAUGGGAGAAGAAGUCUGGCAGGGGGUUCGAGCGGGAGUACGUCCCGGAGGAGACCGUCCUGAAGCAGAUCCAAGAGUCGCCGGUGCCGGCGAACAUCAUCCUGUCGAUCUGGCACGCGGCGCAGGUGAGGGGGGAGCAGACGGGAUUCGAGGUCGACCCGGCGAAGGGGGUGGAGGCCGCCGAUCUGUACCCGGACGUCAAGUACACCACCGUCGACGAGUACCUUGACAGGUUCCUCUGAGGAAGACAGCGCGCGCGACGUGUGCUCGCGGCGGCUGCCGCGGCUCCUGUCGUCGCCUCUGCUCUGCUGCUGCCGCCGUGCGGGUCACCUGCUGGUAGCUGGUGACGCUGCGGCUGCGCCGCUGCCACCUACAUGCGUGAUCAUAGAUGUGUCUCCGAUCGUCGAGGUCCUGAUGCCAAUUUCCAUGGCAAUAAGAUCAGUUCCCUUUGGUGGAUCGCGAUCCAGUUUUUGUUGCAUUUGUGUACUGUAUGUGCUGCUACUCUUGUAAUGGACGGCCCGGCCAUUUCUUAAGCA